AUGUUGAAGGAGCCACUAAGUCCUCAGUGUUGCUGCAAUGAAAGAGUUACUCACGGAAGAGAUAAUCCAGCAUGGUCUGGUGCACAAGAUGGCGGCUUCAGCAAAUUCACUGCGAUUCUCUCAGUGGAGAAGUAUCUUAUCAUAGAUAAGACCGACGAGGUAUCUUUUGAAGUGUGCAAAGAGCCUCAGAAGAUGGCAACAUCCCUAAAAGAGUGUGUAGCCUGGCUCCACGCCUACUUCCGUGAGCCCUGGAAGGUGCAGAAACUAUCUAUCCCUAAUUUUCACCAUCCCAUUUUUGAAAAAGAUUCAUUCACCAAAACGGUUCUACUGGCUUUGCUGAACAAAGUAAAAAUUGGAGAAACCAUCACAUACAAGCAAUUGGCUGAAAUUGCUGGCAAUGAGAAAGCAGUAAGAGCGGUUGGAGGAGCAAUGAGAAACAAUCCGAUUCCCAUUAUGAUACCAUGCCACAGGGUAAUCUGCAGCAACGGAGAUAUUGGCAACUACAGCGGUGGGAAGGCAAAUCAUAUGAAGCUGUGGCUUUUGGCACACGAGAAGUUUCUGAAAGAAAUGUGAACGUGUUUUAAUGCCGUUCACCUAGAGUUGUAAUACAGCCAAAACACAUAACCCAACAUACUAUGCUAUAAGCUUUCAAAUUACUCUGUAGGAUUCAGUAAAAUGGUAAAUAUUUGAGUGACAUAUAAAUAUAAUACAACAUCCGAAGUGAAUUGUGUGGUAGAACUGCUAUAUUAAAAAAGCUAGAUGUGUCCUAAGGGACAAACCUUGUUCGCCAUUUCUUGUUUCUACAUUUUACAGCAGAAUGAGUACAGCAGUCUGUGCCUGUUGUGCUUGUAUUUUGUUCUCAUCUUCAGACCUGUUUUGUUCUAUUUUUAAUGUCCAUUAAAGCAAGGAAAAGGAGGGGCAAAUGGGAAAUUCAACUGCCCCUUUAAGGAAACAUCUUGCUAGCAGAAAGAAUAGCCAGCAAUAUGCAGCAUUGCGUGUUAGCUGAAGCAAAAUAAUUGUUACAAAUACACCUCCCUAUUCCUGCCUGGCUUUGUAUUGUCCAAAAUAGAUUUACCCCUGCCAGUCUAGAUGCCCACAAAUCCACCUUCUCUUUCAUGUUUCAACCUUUAGAUAAAAAAUGUUCCAUAUUAGUCAUUGUUGUUAAAAAAUGAAAAAAAAAACUAUGCCAUCAUUUUCUAGGAAAUGACUAUUGUGUUUAUAUAUGUUUUUGUAAAAUCAUUCAGAUCUUUAGAGAUGUUGAAAAGAUACUUAUAACAAAUUCGACUUCCUUAAAAUUCUGCUUUGUUUUCUUGCCAAUAACUUUUUUUUAUAACAGUUGUACGUUGCAUGCUAAAUAAAAAUUACCGUAUAUUAAAAUAAA